AUGGCUACUGCAACUCUUUUAUCUGAUACUGGUCAUGGUGACUCCAAUCAUCCUCAUCAUGCAAAACAAAAAUGUACUUCAGCAACAUGUUGUUCGCCUUCACGUCUUUGGAGAUCUAUUCAACAACUGAUUGCUGAUAACAAUCAACAAGAAUUGGUCAAGUUAUGUCAAGAUCCUAACAAGGCUAGUCAUGUACUUCGUGUUUUAUUGACUUCAAGAUUGACUAAUGAUGCAUCGUUGUAUCCUGCAUCUCAUAAGCAUCGUGUACUUCAAUUGGUUCCUUUCAAUGAUGAUCCAUCCUCUUUUCGAUCCAAAGUGAAAGCAACGUUUGGCAAGUCAACUACUGAUCUGAAUGCUUUGCAAUUGGCAUUAUUUCAUCGACAUGAGGCGAUUGCGUGCUAUCUUCUUCAAUUGGUGCGACAACAGGCAACUGAUAAGGACAUCUCGCUCUUUAUCAAUCAUUUAUGGGGCAAUCGCAAUGGGUCAUUACAUCUUGCUUGUUUCUUGGGUAUGCCUCGUGUGGUACAGCUCUUAUUGGAUAUGGGUGUGGCGCCAGAUACCGUCAAUGGACAACGUUGGACUGCUUUGGACUGUUGUUGCACUUCGGAUUGUCGUAUCUUGAUGGAACAAGCCAUAUCCAAAUUGAAGAAGAAAAAACAACAGCUUGAUUUGGAACCUCCUGAUUUGGUAACUGAUUCAACAGGUCUUAUUGAAAAACCCAGGAAACAACAGGAUAGGAAGCCGCCUAUUAUUGCUCGGCGUGAUGCUCGUAUGAAACCAGUAGCCAAUUGGGGUGGUACGUAUCCUUCUCCUUUGGAAUGGUCUGAUGGUCCUCCUGUGAUGCAUUCUUUUGAUCCUCAUGGUGGUCAUGUAUCUCUUAUCAAUCCUUCAGCAAAUUUUGUCCAUCAUCAACAUCAAGAAUUGAAACGGAAUGUCUUUAGUGUGGAUCCUUUGCCGCCAUCAUUAGCCAUUCCUUCUUUUGAUCAUGAAGAAGAAGAGGAGGAUGAUGACGACGAUGAUGAUGACGACGAUGAUGGUGAUGACGAUGAUGAUGGUGAUGAUGAUGAUGAUGAUGAUCCUGGUCGACCUCAUGUUCGGUUUGAUCCCAAAGUGGUUUUGGCGGAAGCAUGUAUACGAGGGGAUUUGCAAGAACUGAAUCAAGUGAUUAUGGACAAUCAAAUGGAUACUUCUUGGCUGUUAUAUGAUGAUCAUGGCGGUGUAGCGGGUGGUCAGAAUAGAACACUUCUUCAAUUGGCAUUAAUGUAUGGGCAUCAUUCUAUUGUGCGGUAUUUGGUUAAUCAAGUCCAAGUGAAUUUGAAUCAAGUCGAUGCAGAUGGAUGGACUGCUUUGCAUUAUGCAGCUGCUUUGGGACAAUGGAAAACCAUGGAAUAUUUAGCUUCUUCUGAUUUGAUUGAUUUGUUUGCUGAAACGGAUGAUGGAUUUACAAUUCAAGAUUGUCCUGGCUCUGCUUUGGAAAGGAUUCGAUGUCAAUGUAAGUGA